UUUGGGGGGAAAAAACGAGAUUCCACGGAGCUGUAUGUUCUUAAACCGAUUUAAUUCGUACUUACACCUAUAUGGAAAACUGUAUUAUGGUAACGUAUACACUUAAACCAUAUGGAUAUUAACCUCAAGUCCAAUACAUACUUAUUUAACAAUUUUACCAACAACUGCAACGCUAAAAGCGUAUAAGAAGACACGCUCUUGAUGGUGGAAUUAAGAACAGCUCUUAACAGCUCAUUCACGUGUUGCAUGUACAGAACGAGCUGUAAUAUCGUUAAUUGCCUCCUUCGGUACCAGCAUGCACUCCCAAAGCGAUAUAAACAGAAAAGCGCAGUAUAUCAUAAACCAAGACGGCACAAAUGAUAGAGAACCAAUGUCGUUCGUCUCGGUUGUUAUAAGGGGGUGAGCUAAAAAAAACUAGUACUAGACGGCUGUUCGGUCUAGUGACGUAUUCAGGCUAGUUGCCUUGGUGAUUGAAUUCUGGAUCCUAUUGGCUUCCGUCCUCUGGCAGUCACUGGUGUAGCCAAUGGGGUGUGAACGGUAGUUCUCCGUGUGGCGCGUCAGGCGGAACACGUGUUUAGUCUCUCGGUGUAGGGCGUGGGUGUGGACACGCUGGAGUAGGUCAGUGUAUGUUUGUCAUUUAAGUCAUUCCUACCUUUUCUACAUCUGUGCUGAUUCCUUACAGACAAUCUAGUUGGGUUUCCAAAACGUUGUGCGUUAAGGUGUGUAGGCAUCUGGAGGUAUUAGCAUUUGCCCACAAUUCCUCAGAAUCCUUCCCUUGGGUGUGCCCGAGCGCUGAGCCCUGUUACCAUGGCGUUUUACCAGCGUGUGUGGAGCGCUCCGGCCGUGGCCUGGACCCCCAGUCCGCCCCUGAGCUUUAGAGCCCCCCAGCUCCCCGUGGCGGCGUUGGCGCACAGCCCCUGUCAGAUCAUUCUCUCCCCCGCGACGGUCGACGUCGUAAUCGCUCCGGGGAGUGCGCACAGAAACCCGCCGCCUCUUUGCCGAAACAGUUUCCGUGAGCUAGCUGCCCUGCCUUCGACUGACGAGGAAGCCACCAUCUUCCACCUUAACAGAGCCGUGUUUGAUUUAGUGACCGCUGAAGGGGGUUUGGAGCUCACCGAUUCAAAAUUGCUGGGCUGGUACCUGUCCCUCCCUGUCAAAGACCGACAGUUCAUACAAGGUGAUGGAGAAGGGGGGCUGUUACGUUUCCUACAAAGACACCCAGCGCUGGAAGUUAGUAGGAACUGUGUGUAUACAAAGAAGCAGAACUGUCCGGGCGGUGAACACUGGCAGGUGGAAGAAAUGUCCUCCGCUUUGAAUAAAUCAAGAAGGCCGACUUUUUACUGCAUGCCUCACUGCAGGAAGUGUGGAGCCAGCAGCGCUCCAGAUACAGAAGAGUGCAGGAACUGUAGUGCACACCAGGCAAGAUCAGUGCAGUGUUUAUCAGAGCCAGAAAAGGUUUUACUUCCUGACUGCGUCAAGCAAGAACUCGCCAUACAGAAGCCCAGUGCCGAUCCUGACUUGUCUGAAACAUUUGAAUCUGCCUGUGAUAGCAAUCUCGUGGCUGACAGAGAUGGGAGGGUUUAUGAACCCAAAGGAGCCCGCCUGACUCCUCACCUGCCUGAAGAGUGUGUGAAUGUUAUAUUCAAAGAAGCCUCAAUUGAGGCUAAUUAUUCCUUGGACAUGAAGCUUGAGAGCCAUAAGAUUGUAGAGGGCACUGUGGAGGGUACCUCUGCUGAGCGAGGGCUGCGUUACCUUGGAGAAACGGAGACCGUGGACUAUUCUGUAGAUGGCCUUAACCUGGAGAUGGAAUCUCUUCCAGAUUACUGCAGCCUGGACAGCACUGGGUUUGACCGUACUGCUGCUGAGCCCAGUGAAAGCCCUUUGCCCUCGGGUGCAGUGACUGCCGAAUAUUAUAUGAGUGUUCAGGGGGACCACAGGACCACAGAGCUGUUUGCUGGGGAUUGGGCUGAGCUGUGGGAUGCCUCCUCCUUUCCCUCUGCUGCACUUUGGGUUUCUGAGAAAUUUGACCUGGACUGCGUCGGUGCCUUAGAGGGGUGGUCUGACGAAGCUCAGUUAGCGGGCGACAAUCCGAGACCCGUUGACCCAGAAAACCCAGAAUAUCGCAGCGUUGCCAAACUGAAGCCUGUCCUUCCAGAGCCGUCCUCUCGGGGGGACGUCCCUGGACACUCUCACCAGCGCGUCGUUCAAAGCUGUGUCCGCACAAGAGACGGCGGUCUCUCCGCAGGAGCAGCACAGCGGCGUGCUCUGGCUGCAGGUUGCAAGAACGAGGAGGGGUGGCAGGAGGCGGAGGCUCUCGGGAACCUCUCGGGCAGGCCAGCCGUGGGUGAGGAAGCGAGCACUGAGCCGCGUGCAGACGAACACGAGAUGUCCUCUUACGAGGAGUGCUUCACGUCGGCAGUCCCCGCUGCGGAUGAGGCCUUGGGGAGGAGCCCGGCGGUGGCGAAGGACCCCUUUGCUGGUGGCGAUGCUGAAGGAACCCCAGGGGCUGACCUCCUGUUGGGUGGCAGGAAAAGCCGAGUGCUCAUCCCGUCGCGAAAGCGUGAGCACGGCGCCAUGGGCAGCCCCCAGAUCACGGUAAACCAGAUGGUGGAUGCCGGUGGGGAUUUCCGGGCCAGUUUCACAUCAAGCCGGGCCACAGAGGCUAAGCCAAGCAUGGUGAGCACCUCCACUAACACUGAUGGCAGCCUGCAGGCUGCUGGGCUGGACAGGGGCACCCAGACGUCGAAGGCUGCGACCGUGGAAAAGCACGUUAUUACCGAGCUGUACAUGGAAGACCUGGACUACUUCACUGAGGAGUUCAUGAAGUUAAGGGGUGCGGAAGCAGAAUUAAAAGACCUGAAGGAAAAGCUAUCAAGCAGUGCGGGCAGCGAGCUGGGCGGGCUGGGAGGCUGUAGCUGUGGCUGUGCCCAGAGAGCCCUGUCCGCGGAGCUGCGGCUGCUGGCCCUCCACUAUGAGAUGUGCCAGGAGCACUGCUGGAGGCUGUAUUACACCGCAAACGAGGGCUCCAUCUCCGGCCCGCGGGCAGAAGCUCCCCCCGACAGCCUGGUGUGCGUUCUGCAGGACCUGCAGUCGAGCUACAGGGCGAUGAGGGACAGCAUCCUGUCGGGCAGCACGCUGGACCAGCUGGCCCCUCUGUCCGUCAGUUCAGAACGGAUCCUCACUGGCCAGCAGUACACUCCGGCACAGAUAAUACCUGUGGAGACUCAUGAUGAGGUCAUAUCUAGUUCUGAAGAGCAGGACAGUGAGCUGCCUGCUCAGGGAGGUGCGAGGGAGACGCAGGGGGGAGUCUCCACGGACUGUGAUGUGCUGUCCCUUCACAGCCCUCCUGGUCAACUGGAGGGGGCGUGUGCAGCGGUGUCUGAAGAGCCCCGAGAGCCCGCCUGUCACGGGGCCGGGAGAGACGAGACCCCCGGCAGGCAGGUGGGCCAGGCCAAAGGGGAGGAGCCAAGUGCGAUGACAAAGGAUCUUAACGAGAACUGGUAUGAUGCAGAGGAGGACUUUGUGUCCACCAGCCAGGAGGAUGAUGCACAGCACAGAGCAGGAGCAGAGAGCCCCAGGAAAACGAGCAGACAAGAGCACAGGAGGACACAUGUAAAAGGAAGUACCAUUGAAGGGGAGAAUUGUGUGGGUCACUAUCUGUGUGUCAGAGGCCUGUCUGUUAAUGUGACUGAGAAUGAGAUAAUGACACUGUUUGAGAAGUACCGUGCUACAGAUGUGUGGAUGACAAAUGUGGGUCAUAACAGGGUGGCUUUUGUGACGCUUGGCAGUGCCAGCGCCACAGAGCUGGCGGUUCAAGAAACGAAUGGGAAACAAAUCCAGGGGCAGUCCAUUAAAGUGGAUUGGAUCCGAAGGCCCCCACUGGUAAGCCCGGAUUCCUCCAAAUCAUCGCAGCGCAACCGGAUCCUGGUGCAUGAAGCCUGCGCCAACAAGCCAGCUUCCGAUCGAGGUGUGACCAAGCCAGAGACCAGACCUCCGGCACCAUUCAUCCCUGCAAAGCCGUUCAGCAGGAACCUGGACAAGCUGAAGCGCGUGGAGAGGAAGCCCACCUCCUCGGGCACGUUCAUCCCCCAGCACUACGCGGAGAUGGGCAGCUUCGACAGGCUGAUGGCACAACUCUCCGAGCUGCACCCGGAGGCCGGCCGGCAGAGGAUCGUGGGCGCGCUGCUGGAGCUCCGGGCCCAGAAGAGGGGCUUUCUCAGCGGCCUGCCCCUCAAGACCAUCGUGCAGAUGACCUCCGACCUGCUGAGGAACCCACAGGGUGCGAGAAUGAAUGACGCAGGUCCCCCACUACAAAAUUGACAAUCCAUGAGGUGUUGAUGUUGCUCUGCGUUGUGGAUUUGUUUCAUUUUGAUA